UUCUUUGAAACUGUGAAUUUAUAAAGUAUUUCUAUGGGUAGAUUAUUAGAUUUUAGAUUCAGUUCCUAUAAAUUGUUUCUUAAUUCUUGUAGCAGUGUUAUGCUCACGUUUGUGGUUACACAUCGAAAAUUUAUACUAGCAAACUUGUGAUAUUGUUAUUAAUUGAAGCAAUUUUACAUCUCUCACUUCACAUUAAAAAAAAGUAAUUUUUUGUUUGGAUACAAAUAGAUACGGAUAAGUGACUGCCAUAAAUUAUUGAAAAUUAGAAAACAAACUUUUAAUUCGAUCAACAUGAGUAAAACGCCUGUUUCUAUCCUCCAAGAGAUGAUGGUAAAGCAGGGUAUGAUACCUGAUUAUGAGUUGAUACAUGAUGGUGGAGGCCGUCACGUAAAUACUUUUACGUAUCGAGUUACAUGCGAUAGUCUCAGUGCAACUGGUACAGGUCGUUGUAAAAAAGAUGCGAAACACGAAGCUGCUAAAGCUAUGCUAACAGAGAUUGCUGCACAUAGAAAUUAUCCGCAGUUACCAGCUGCUAAUACACCAACAGUGUCUCCGCCAAAGUCACCAUUUCAUUCUGUUCCUCUUCCACCAAAGAUAGCAAAUAUACCUUUUGUUAACGCCGUAGGUGAAUUGCAGGAACUUUGUGCUGAGAACAAUUUGCAUGAGCCAGAAUAUAUUCUUAUCCGGGACGUUGGACCACCACAUGCUAAAGUCUUCACCAUUCGAUGUAAAAUGUCUAAUUUUGAAGAAGAUGGAAUAGCAACUACAAAAAAGCAAGCAAAACACGAUGCAGCGAAAAGAAUGGUGGAUAAAAUAAAGGGUCUUAGGAAUAAUUUAUAUGAUUUCUGUCAACAGAAAAAUGAAGAUUCUUCAAACUCUUCCAUUACAACUAUUGAUACAGACACAUUGAAUAAAAAUGCAGAAGAACGCUAUCGCGCAUUGAUCAAAUCGAGAAAAAUUAACUUAGGUCUUAAAUUAGCAGAUUACCACACUUACUGGAGAGAUUCCUUGGAGACAGAUAAGCGUGAUAAAAUAUUAGAACAAUUGGAAUGUAUAUUCACCAAUGAAACGAUUGACAUUGACUACAUUACCGAAGAUGGUAUAAUGGAAAAGAUAUCUCAAUUAUCAACUGUACUAUCAGAGAUUGAUAUAACAGUUAAUAUGAACGAUAUUACUUCAGAUAAAUAUUAUAUAAAAUCAAUACAGCUUAAUACGUGUCCUCUUCUCACACAGUUUGGUAUGGGCAGGAGUAAGUUGGAAGCUUCUUGGGAAGCAUUAUCCCGAAUCAUAAAAUCUAUUAAAUUACUUUUAUCGUAGAAUAAAAGAUUGUUAAAAUUAAAAAUACAAAUCAAAUUUUUCAUAAUAUUAAUAAUACUUAUGAAAAAUUUUUUUUCGAUCUUAUACGUUUUCCUCAAUCUUACACAA